AUGGACAGAACAUUUAAGGAAAUCUUACACAGACCACCUCCAACUCAAGAACCUGAAGCAGACCUAAAUAUCUUCAUUGAACCACCACAAAUUCCAGAAAUUGUCUCUCCACAAUUUUACAACCAAAUUUUCCAUGACAUCUGGAAAAGUAACUUCAUAUCAGAGGAAUGGCACCAUGGAGUCAUCAUCAGAAUACCAAAGAAAGGCAACUUGAAUGACUGCAGCAACUGGCGUGGAAAAACACUACUUUCCAUCCCAAGUAAGACCAUGACCAAAAUCAUCACAGGAGGGUCUUCGACAACAUUCAUAGGGACAGUCUGGAAAAUUGUGCGGUCAUAUGGCAUCCCACAACAUCUAACAAAUAGCAUCAAGAGUUUUUAUGUCAACAUCAGAUGCAGAGUUGGAAACAGAACCAUCGAGUAUGCUGUUAAACAGGAGUCCGUCAAGGCUGUGUAUUUGUCAUCAACACUCUUCAUCAUAGCCAUUGACUGGGUCAUGAAGAAUACAACAUCUCACAUUCCGAGAGGCAUCAGAUGGGACACAUUCACAAGACUUGAAGAUCUGUAA